AAAGCCGGAAGUUUUUUGAAGUUCUGACACGUGUGUUUCAAAACAGUCAAAAUUUCUCAGUUAUCUUGCUAAAAUGGAAACUAAAAGUGUUGUAAAAGUCGGUUCUCGCAAGAGUCAGCUUGCAUUGAUUCAAACCAAUACUAUUAUCAACCAGCUGAAAAAACUCAACCCAAACCUUUCAUUUGAAGUCAUUUCUAUGCAGACAACUGGAGAUAAAGUGUUGGAUGCUGCAUUAUCAAAGAUAGGGGAGAAAAACCUGUUUACACGAGAGCUAGAGCUUGCAUUGGAGAAGAAAGAGGUGGACUUUGUGGUCCACUCCCUGAAGGACCUCCCCACAGCCUUACCGGAGGGGCUGCUCAUUGGCUGUAUCUACAAGAGAGACAGUCCUUAUGAUGCAGUGGUGAUGCAUCCAUCAAAUGCUGGAAAGAAGCUUGAAGACUUACCAGAAGGAAGUGUAAUUGGAACAAGUUCUUUGAGACGAGCUGCACAGCUAGCAAGGAAGUUCCCACACUUCAAAUUUGAAAAUAUCAGAGGAAAUCUGAACACAAGGUUCAGGAAGCUGGAUGAGGACAAUAAAUACUCGGCCAUUAUUCUAGCAGAAGCUGGCUUGCAUCGGAUGGGAUGGCCGGAUAGAAUCUCUCAGGUUUUGGACAAGGAUACCUGUAUGUAUGCUGUCUCUCAGGGGGCCAUGGCAGUAGAAUGUAGGAACAGCGACCCCUUCACCCUCAGCCUCCUCUCCCAGAUCCACCACCCAGAAACCGUGAUUCAGUGUGUGGCAGAAAGGGCCUUCCUAAAGAAACUGGAGGGUGGGUGCAGUGUGCCAGUCUCCGCCUUCUCGGAAGUUAAAGAUGGAAAGUUAUCCCUGACUGGUGGGGUUUUCAGCAUUGACGGAAAACAAGGCAGGAUAGAGUAUGCGUGCGACAGUCUUCCGGAGUCCAUUGAAGAGAAGGAAAAGCCAACUGUGUCUCCAAAUGGACCAAGAGAGUUUGCUGGCAUCGUAGGCAGUGAAAAGGUUUCUAUAGCAACCCUAGAGGUAGCUCAAAGAGUAGGACUUCAGGUAGCAGAACUUUUAUUGAAUACAGAGGCCAAAGAAAUUCUUGCCAAUGCCAAAGCAGAAACUGCAGCUGCUGUCAUUGCAGAGAAACAGAGAAAAGACGCUGAAAAAAUGAAAAACGAAGCAGAGAAACCCCAAGCCAAUGGAAUUAGCUAGAUAAGGAAAUUUGGUGGAUAAAUUAAAAUAGAAUUUGUCAAAGGUUAUAUUCUCUAUGAAAGGAUGAAAGAAAGCAUUUGUUCAUCACAUACAUGUAUACUGCUAUAUUGAAUUAUAAUAUAGAUGUGUAGAUUUUCAUCUAUUUGCUAGCUCUUGGGCUUAUGAUAAAAAUGGAUGUAUUGAAGGAAACAAAAAUUUCUUUUUUGCAAUAAUGGAGGUGAGAGUUAUCAUUCUUGCAUCACAAAUGUAUGAACGCAAAGUUUGUUGAAAAUUUAUUUCAAUUGGCAUUUAUGUUUGUGAUGACAAUUUAUUUUAUUUACAUGCAUCUUUCACUUUGCAAGAACAUCCAAUUGUCUUUGUAAAACUUUGGGAAUUAAGUAUUAUGUUAUGCCAAAGACACUUGUUUCAGUAAUGAUAUAGGGUGAACAUCUAUUAUUAAAGCAAUAAGUCCUCUGGGUUAAGCAUAAUGAUUAAUGAAAUUAUUUCAAAACGCAAAAAAAUAUCGUAGCUGUUUUCAUCAGCAUUAUGCUAUCUUGCAUUUAAAAAGUUAUUCUGACUUUUUCAUAUACUUUAGAAUGUUAUUGUAGAGUAAGUGGAAACGAUUGCCUGAUUUGAAAAUGUUCAAGUUCAAUUUGACAAUACUAGGAAAAGAGAAUAGAUUUUUUCUUAUGAUAUGAUAAUGGUACUUGUACAAGAAGAGUGUAUGAAGUUAUUUAACAUAAAUGUAUGAAUAUGUAGUGAUUUUUUAAAUAAAGAUUUUAUUUUUUUUUUACCAAAUGUAUUCAUUUUAUACAAGGAAAUGAAUAACAUGUUUUAUGUUCAAUAUAGUGUUAGUAUAUAAGAUAUUCUAUGAAGCCAUAUUUAUAUGAAUUAUUAAAAAUUAUAAUGGAAAGAUUGUUAUAGUUAGAUUGUACUGUGUUGUUAAUCUGCUGUUAAGGCAGUAUUUAAUGUGUCAUUUCUAGUGAAAUUUCUGUCACAAAUAUGUAAACAUUCCACUGAAGCUGCCCAAGUCAAUAGAGGGUUUUAUUUACAUGAAAAUUGCUGAAAUGAUUUUUAAAAAUUGAAUAAUGUUGACAAAAUAAAAUGAGAUAGUAAAAUCAAAGUCA